UCAGUCCUGUUUUUCUCUUCUCAGAUUGCAGAUUCUUCUCAGUACAGUACACAAUGUCCUCCUCCGACAACCACCCUCCGCAGCCUCCGACCGCGCCGCUGCUCGUCAAGCACACUGCAGCCAGCGCCUAUCCUGACGUCGACGGCCAUCUGCGUGAGCUUCCGCUGCGGAACGAUGCGCGAUCCAUGUCGCUCGUCUUCUUCCCGGCGGGCACGGUCGAGCCAUGGCACCACCACUCCAACUCGGACAACAUGUAUGUGGUCGACGGCACCAUCCGCGUCGAGACCAAGCCUGGCAGCAGCGGCGGCGACCAGCAGCAGCAGCAGCAGUACGAGCUGUCCAAGGGCGACUUUUUCUACAUGCCGGCCAACGUCCCUCACCAGGUGACGUAUGUCUCAGACACGACGUUUCUGUAUGUCAACGACGGCGUGUUUGAUGGUCCUCACUGGGACAGCGAGGUCAAGGAGACCAUCUACCCACCGAGCAAGCCAUGAAGCUCAUGAAGCAUAACAAGGAUGCUGACAAAUGGCAGCACCGUCCUUUGCCUCUUGCUUGCCCUGUUGGCGUGGAUGGUUGGUUGUUGGUACUGCUGCUUUUUCUGAGAAUACAUGUCUCACAGCAGCGUUCAUUCAUCACAAGCGCCUGAGCUGAGCUGAGCUCACACCAUGUUCUGCUGUCCUUUGCUCCUGCUUGCCUGUUUGGCUGUGAUGACUUUGUCUUGUGAUACCGCUUUCUGAGAAUACCUGAUUCUUACAGUAAACCGUUCAUUCGUCCU